GCCUCCUUCAUGAUGUCAUGAUGUAACCUAGCGCCAAGCUCACAGCACCUGGCCACCUGAGCCAAGUCACGUUCAGCCUCCUGAUGUGGAUCAGUCUGAACCGUCAGACCAGUUUCUGUCUGCUGCCAGAGAUUCCCAGACUGGUUUGUGGUCUGAAUGGAACCACACACAGAUUCAAUCAGGGCGGAGCAGGUACAGAUGCUUCUCCCCUUUCUGCUCCAGAGGGCUCCAAUCAAGAUGUUUUUGUGAAAGUAAACAGCAUUGCUGACAUCAUCGCCACCAACAUCCCAUCUCUGGCAGGAGCUGCGUCAGCUAUAGGAGGCCCCAUUGCCUACGCCCCCUCCUCAAACCUGAUGAUCCCUUCUGCAAACAGCCAGACUGACAGUGUUGCUACUAGCAUACGUUGUUUAGCUGAAGCUGCUAAUGUUUUAGCCAAUACAGCUUUUUUAGACUCCGCCCUCUCCGCACCUGCACCUGCACCUGCUGCUUUCUCAGGUGCCCCAGACUUGGACAGAAUCAUUGGCUCAUUGUCUAACAUUCCCAGUUUAGCUGGGACUGUCAGCAGCAUUGCUAAUCCUUCCAUUAGCUCCUCCCCCUCAGCCCCACCCCUCUCAUCUGAUACACCACACCCCCAACUUCUGAAAACAACUGGAUCUGCAGACACUCACACAGAUGUUGGCGUUCUGUCCCAGAUGGUGACCCAGUGUUUGGACCAAACUGCAGGAGCCAUGGGACCAUCAGUAGAUAAGGAUGCAAAGUCUUCUGAAGAAGAAAAAGACGAGAACAUCAUGGUGUUGGCUUGUUGGACCAAUCUGGAAGAAGCUGACUCUGAAUCAUCCAAUGAGGAUGAUACAAAAGUUAGUAAUGUCUCCAGUGAAUCCAGUGGACCAAUGGGAGAAGAUUCUGGUUCUCACACAGCUACCACCAGAGUUGCAUCCAACCAAUCGGAACGUUUGAUCCCAACUCGACCAGCCCCGCCUCCUCCUCACAAGAAAACCCUGACAGUGAAACAGAGGAUACCCAGGGCAGCUACCAUCCGGGUUUCCAGGAAGAAGGGGGGUGGUAAUGAGUUGGCUACCCAAAGUGCUGUGGUCCGAGCUAGUUGGCUGGAUGUCUGGAAAGGCUUCAGAUACAGUGUUUUAUGGGCAACACUGGAUGGACAGCUGAUGUCUCUACGUAAAAGACGUUCAGACCAGUUCGGCGAGGUGUUGUUUCACGUCUCCAGCAUCACCAACAUUAAGCCUCAGGAUAAAAACAGGUUCUCCAUUUACUUCAAGAAGAAACAUUAUGACUUCAUGGCUCAUAGUAACGAGGUUCAAGAAGGUUGGCUCACAUCCCUGUUGGCGACCAGAGGUCUGCAAAGCCCCAGCCCCUCAGAGAUGCAUGGACAAGUCACCAUCAAGGAACCACGGAGUCGUUCUUUCGCUGCACUCUGGGGUCAUGAUCUCUGGAUUUACCCCAACAGGGACAGCUUCCAGCUGGGCGUUGCCUCCUACUCCAUCCCCUUGAAUGUUGCCUCAGUAAAAGCAGCAGGAAAACAUUCAUUUGUCAUCAUCACUCCUUACAAGAGCUUUAGCCUGUCUGUUGAUUCGACUAAGGACCUAUCCAGCUGGUUAUGCAGUCUGUCCUCGACCAUCGCCACUGCUCUAUCCUGCAGCCAGGUGUCACUGCGCCUGUGGGAGAACCCUCACAACAAGAUAUGUGGUGAUUGUGGAGCAGCAAAUCCAGAGUGGGCAUCUGUUAACCUGCUGCUUGUGAUCUGCCACCGCUGUGCAGGUCAGCACCGACGUCUGGGCAGCAAUCUCUCAAAAGUACGCAGUCUGAGAACGGACAACAAAGUCUGGACUGAACCGCUUAUUCAGCUGUUUAUUACCUACGGCAACCAUUUGGCCAAUCAGGUAUGGGCUUCAACCGUGCCAGCAAGAGAGCAGCUGCAUCCACAAUCAACGGAUGAGGAGAGAUCAACGUUUGUCCAGAACAAGUACAGAAAGGGGUGCUACAAACGACUCCAUGCUCUCUCAUCCAGUCGUUCAAUGAUGAAUCAGAGGCUGUGUCAGGUGGUCGUCAGUGACAAUGUGGAGGAAACGAUGUCUCUGAUCUGCUCAGGAGCAAAGGUGUGCCCCUCUGACCCUCAGAGUCCUGCCCCCAUUCUGCUAGCUGAGAAAGCUAAUCAGGCACUGCAGAUUGAGCUGCUCCGCCACAAUGAGUACACGGAUGUCCCACCCCAACAGCUUCAUUCAGCAGACCUCAAACUUCAGUCUGCCCCCACAGGUCAGGAAGAAGAGGCGCUUCAUGGAAAACUAGAGGAGGACCGUUUUUUCUUCUCAGUAGAAAAUGACUCGGCAGCUUGCGAUGUCUUGGACCUGCGAGAAGUUCAGUCUGUCUUCCUUAAAGAUGGGCCGGCUCAUCAGUUUGAACUAGUGACUCUGAACGAUCAGCUGCUUUGUGAGGCUGAUGAGGAAGAGAUGCUUCAAAGCCACCUGCUUCAUAUUCUAAAGGUGAUUCUCCCAGGAGGACUGUCUUCAGCUGAUGUCGGCAGAGUUUCUGCUGUCAGUAAAGUGUGCAUGGUUGAAGUGGGAGGGGCCUCAAUUGUGUCAGAUGGUUGGCUGUUGCUGUGCGGGCACGAAGUUCGUGUUGACUUUAUCAACAAUCACACACAAAAGUCUCUGAUCCUCGAACCGAGUGCUCUCAGUCAUCAUGAGAAACACCCAUCUGAAAUCAUCGUUACCAUGGCAGCCUCAGACAGGAGUGUCUCACUGCGUUUUGAAGAGCAGUUCAGUUGUGACACCUGGUUCCAACAUCUGCAGAGAGCUCUCUCCAAUCAGCAUUUACUUUCAAAGCAUCCUCCAACAGCCAAUCAGACAUCAGCUUUGUACCCGGUGAUUGAUGCAGGUCUUCGAGGUUCUGUUCCUCCGGCCAUCGAGCGCUGCAUCUCCCACAUCACCACCUACGGUCUGAAGGUGGAGGGGGUAUAUCGGCGCUGUGGUCUUGUGACUACAGUAAAGAAACUGGUGGAGGCCCUGGUGGCAUCACCGAACUCUGCCCCUCUAGAGAACCAUGAACAGGGCGUGCUGGAUGCUGGCUCUGCCCUCAAACAAUACAUUAGAGACCACUACAACACGAUUCCUGAUGCACAACGCCAGCAGUGGUUGCAGGCUGCAGUGAUUUCAGAAGAACACAGCCGGUUUAAGGAAUACAGACGGUUACUACGGCAACUUCCUGAUGACAACAGGGCAACACUCAAUGCUCUGUUUGGACAUUUUUACAUGCUUCAGGUUUUCUCUCAGGUGAACAAGAUGUCAGCUCAGAACCUGGCUGUGGUUCUGGUUCCAUCUCUGUUUCAGGCUGUGACCCAAGACCUGAUCCGACUCACCAGAGAGUUCAUCAUCCAUCACACUCUGCUUUUUCUUACACCAGAGAGUGAUCACAGAAAGCAGCAGGAGGACGAGGAGGAGCAGAUCACCAUUCUCUGAUCUUUUGAUUGAUAUGCUGGACUGGUUUGUGUUUAAUGAAAACAAAUUAUUUCUGUUUCUUUAGGUAUCGGUUCUGGUUCUGGUCCAAGUUCUAAUCUCUAAAUCAAUAAACGUUUUGUUUAGAUGGUG